UGGGGUGUGUUGACGGGCGGGUUGGUGCCUAGACGUCGCCGCCCUCCGUUCUGGGCGCCACCGGAGAUAGGAAGAGUCCGCGAGAGGCCGACGGGGGGAUGGCCGCGGAGACGAACGCCGGCAGCCAGCAAGGUCUGCUGAAAAAUGAAGCCAUUCCUGAAGGAGAAGAUGCGGUUGCUGCAAUUGAUGUAGAAGCUCUCUCUGAAGAAGAACAAGAAGAGCUAAGAAGAGAGCUUGCUAAGGUAGAAGAAGAAAUCCAGACUUUGUCACAAGUGUUAGCUGCCAAAGAGAAGCAUCUAGCUGAAAUAAAGAGGAAACUAGGCAUCACUUCACUGCAGGAACUGAAACAAAAUAUUUCUAAAGGAUGGCAAGAUGUAACUUCCACAAAUGCGUAUAAGAAGACAUCAGAAACAUUGUCUCAGGCUGGACAGAAAGCAUCUGCUGCUUUCUCAACAGUGGGUUCUGCCAUCACAAAAAAGCUGGAAGAUGUGAAAAAUUCUCCAACAUUCAAGUCAUUUGAAGAAAAAGUGGAAAACUUAAAGUCUAAAGUUGGGGGAAAUAAGCCUGCUGGAGCUGACUUUGGAGAUGUCUUGAAUUCUGCUGCCAACGCCAGUGCCACAGAAGCUACUCCAAAGCAGACGGAAGAGGAGACUCAAUGAUUGCUCCACCUUUGCACUGUCCACUGCCAGAUGCUGAAAGCAAAUGCUGAAGUGCAUCACCUCUGCUGUUGACCCCUGCAGUAUGUUCUUCUGUUUAGCACUUAGCUUUCCAAAUAUUUAAUAGUUUCUUGAGGUUCAGAGUAUUUUUGAAAUUGGAAAAUACACUUGCCUUUGUUAAUCUGCAGGACAGGAAUUGUUAUGUAUUUUGAGGAUUAGGUUUAAUUCCAGUCUAGGUAAUCACUAAAUUACUGCAUUACAAAAAAUUAAAAACCGAGCUGGAACAUUAUGCACAUGUGACAUUUACAUUAUGAACCAUCACUCAUGUCUGCUUUCACAGACAAACCUUGAAAGUCUUUAGCCAUUAAGUGGAUACUCCUAAUUGAUACUCUUUCACUAUAUUCUUUGGCCAAAUAAAUUGGCUUGGGUUUUGCAAUGGCUACUGUACCACUUUUUUUUUUGCAGUUUUCAAAGCUGAAGAAGGUAGCUUCCGAGCAUGUCAUCUGUGAUUUAUUGGUGUUUUCCAAAAAAUAUUUCUUUUGACAAAUCCCAGCCUGAGACACAUUUUUCCUUGGAGGUUACAGGUGAACUUAAUUCAGUUUUUGCCUUGUCUAUAGAAAGCUGCACAGGUAAAAUGAGCUUAUAGGCAUGAAGCAGAUGAUAAAUGUAAAAGCCUAAUAAAGCACAGUAGUGCUUUCAAAUCAUUCCAUGCUAUUGAAAGUGUUACAUGUUUAUUCUUUUCUUGAAUUUAAAUCAUGGGACAAAUAUAUUCAUCUUCUCAAUGAUAAUUGGUUGAAGCUGUGGGCAGUUUGUACACUUAUGUAUGUGGAUUCUAGGAGUUUGCAUCUAAGAAAAGGCCUUCAGUGAAACAGGAGCCUAUCUAAAUUGAAAACCCAUGUUGAAGCUUGAGAAUAUAUUUAAAUAUUGUAAUCAUAGGUCAAUUUCAUGUAUAAAAUGUUAAUUAAAUUUGUUGCUCUAAAAAGAUUUGAUUUUGCAGAAGCAAAAUAUACUCCAACUUUAUUUGUUUAUUUUCUGGCACCUUAUAAAAUAAGUUUUGCAUACGUUUUUGCUACUUUUAAUCACCAAGCUUAAACUGAACUAGAACACAUCCUUAAGAUACACGUAACUUGAGCUUUGUCUUUAUAGCUGCACCAAAAAGGUUACACAUCAUAUAAAUCAACUUACGCUGUAUUUGACAGCUUUCUGUAGCAUUUCAGAUUUAAUCUGAAUACUUGGUUACAUAUACAAUAAAAUGCAUUGUAUUGUCAAAUACAAAAGGCUUCCUGAAUGUUUUCAAACAUGGUUUUAUAUUCCAUACAAUUCAUUGUAUGCAUAUUUACUUUGAAUUCAGUUGCGUAUUAGUUACCUUUAAAAUAUUAAUCCAGAUGUUUCACUUUUUAUUUUUACUUCUAAAUUUUUCAUUGGUUCCCAAAUGGGUCAUUUUUAGAAAACAAAGAACACUUUUGUUCAUAGAAAAGUAAUUAGAUAUUAGGGCAUUCUCAUUAAUCCAUUUUGUGUAUACUUAAUUCUCUGCAUAAUAUAUACAAUCAAAGGCUUUUCUGUAAACAGUAAUCCAAAGGGAAACUUUAUUUUUAAAAUAUAUUACUGGGUCUCCAUUAUUCAUUCAGUGUUAAUUGUAAUUCUUAACACACUGUGUAUUGUUCGCAGGAUCUGCUUCUUGUCAUGAUGUAAACUUGUUUUAGAGAGUUAAGUUGGCAGUUUUCUGAUUUUUCCAUAUAUCAGCUCAAACCUUUUUUUUCUGGCACAUGCAACUUUUAGUUUUUCUCUUGCUUCAUUAUGCCUCCUAGCCCUAUUCCAAUGCUCUUUCACCAGCUCUAUUGGGACUAAGUUCUUCUGGGUAUAGGUCUUUUUAACAAAGAGAUCUUAACUGUU